ACAACAACCAAAACAAAAAACACUUCAAAAUGUUCAAAUUCUUCGCUCUGUGCCUGUUCGCCAUUGUCGCCUGUGUGGCCGCCAAGCCUGCUGUUGUUGCUGCACCACUGGCCUACAGCGCUUACACCGCUGCACCACUGGCUGCCUACUCGUCUCCCUACACCGCUGCUUACACUGCUGCUGCCUAUCCCUACUCGGCUUAUCCCUAUGCUGCUGCCUACUCUGCAUACCCCUAUGCCGCCUACUACCGUUGAACAAACCACUGAGUGACCGCUGGCACCACAACAACGACAACCCCACAAUACCUAUAUGUGUUCUAAUCCUGCUCUUGAUUAACUUCACGCAAUUCAUGCCUAACUUGCUCCUGUCUUGGUUUUUGUUUCACCCAUUUUGAUUUUUAUUUUGAUUUUCUAGUAUUAUGUGAGGUUUGAAGAGCAACGCUGAAGGAAUAUUAUUGUUAUAUAAAUAAAUGCAUUUUGCGUAAAACGUA